UUCACUGUACUCGAUUGUGAUUUCCGGUACCGUUUGAUACACCGGCACCCAGAUUUACUAAAACCUGAAAUCGGCACAGAAUGACAUAAUAACCUUUAAAACACGAAACAUAUAUAGAAAUAGAUGAAUUGCGACUACAUAAGCUUACACAAGACAACGCAUUUGAUAGAAUGCUCAUUUUUCUGACGGAUCCAGUUCGGCUGCUUUCUAACCUUGACAUAUGACAAAUAAAGCGUUCAGAGAAUCUACGAAGCUUUUUACAUUUUAAAUUGUUUGUUUCGUUUUGCCUUCAAUACAACCAACGCGUCUUGUACGAUAACAUAUCGCAUCGUGCUACAAAAUGAUUGGGCUGAAAUACCAUGUUUCCUUGCCCAUGGCAGCAGGUGCUUUAUUGGUUGGCAUUCCAUAUUCGAUCUCAUUGGUUGCCCAGUGGAUGUAUGGGUGGCCCAAUAACCCUGGCUAUAAGAAGUACAUUGAGGCACUGAAGCCAAGGAGAAUCUACUGCUUGACCAGAGCAAUUCUGGAGACACUGAAGUACCUGCAAUACGGCAAACUGUACUUUCAGUGGAAGUCAUGGUACAAGAACGACAAGAACCGCAAACACUACGAAAAAGGUAUCACCUUUGGUCGCAGAGAGAACAAACUGGACUUGUACUACCCUCCUACUGGGGGUGAGCCAGGAUGCAAGCCAGCACCUGUGAUUGUAUUCAUCUAUGGAGGAGCGUGGGGUUCAGGGGAGAGAGCUAUUUACUGUCUCCUGGCCAUGCAGAUGGCUAAAGAGCUGAGUGCAACUGUUAUCUGUCCAGACUAUUGUACCUUUCCAAAGGGGAAUGUUUUGUGUAUGAUUCAAGAUAUUGCUGACUGCCUAGUGUGGACAAUAGAAAACGGACACAAGUUCAAAUUUGAUCAAGACAAGGUGGUUUUGAUCGGGCACUCCGCUGGUGCCCACCUGUCCACUCUCGCCACGCUGUUUCUUAUAGAAGGCAGAGAAGAGCUGUUCAUAGAGACAGGAAAACAGCUGGAGGUCAUAACAGCUAUCAGAGGAGUUAUUGGUUUGAGCGGGGUGUACAACAUCAUGGCCCACUACGAACACGAACAGACUCGAGCUGUGGAGUUCGUCUCCACCAUGCACAAAGCCAUGAAUGGAACGGAGAACUUUCCCUACUAUUCCCCUGAACAUAUCCUGAAUGAAUUUGACAAGGAAAACUUGAAAAGAGUCCCUCCCUUCUCGCUUCUCCACGGAACCAACGACAUCAUCGUCCCCGAGGCGUCUUCCAUACGCUUCUCAGAGCUGCUCACCUCGCUGUCCAUUAGAGUUUCCCUUUACCUGCUGCCUAAAAUGGACCACACAGAGAUCGUGACAGACCUCAUGGCCCCGGACCGACACUUCUACCCCACCGUAUACAGCUGCCUCAAGCAGGAACACUGCAAACUGGUGGGAGCCUGGUGAAGUACCACUCACUCCACAUACAAAAAACCUUCUUCUCAUCAUGUGCCGUGCGUUUCAUUGUUUACAUCGUCGUAAUACCUCAAACUUCUACUGAAUUUAGCCUUGACUUCAUAUUCAUUAACCAUGGUUUUAUUUCAAUAAUGAUUCCUUUAUUGAAUGUUUAAUGUUUCUUCUUGAUUCACGACCGUGAAAUCUUACCAACUGAUAAAGGGGUGUCCUUUUAACAGAGCGAUCUACUAAAGUUAGCAGGGUGUGAAAUUCAGCAUUCAGCCUUUGCAGAAAAUAUCAUGAAGACUUUGUAUUAUUAUUAUCGGCCAGUAUUAUGUGAAUCAUCAACAGUAUUGACUUUGGGAAAUUACUUGGUGGUUCUGUAGAUUUCUCACCUUUUUCUACAGGGGUUGAUUGCAUGCAUCAUGGUUGAGGGCACACAAUAAAAUGUUCAUGAACUCUAGGUCAAUCAUUUUCUAAAUCUGUACUUAAAAACUGUUUAUUGAAUAUUUGAAAUUAACUAAUACAAAACUAGUCACAAUUUAAAAUGUUUUCAACGUUUCUUUAUUUCUGUAUAAUAUACAGUACUACACCUCAUAUUUGGCAUACUU